UCCUGGGCUGGUUAGUCUCGAGCGCGAGUGGUGGUGGUGGACGGAGUUGUUUUCUCGGAAGGACCUUAAGAGAAAAGGACUAGUCAUGUCGUCCUUGAUUAGAAGGGUGAUCAACACCGUGAAAGCCCCAGGGCCCAUUGGUCCCUACAGUCAAGCUGUGUUAGUCGACAAGACCGUUUACGUUUCAGGACAGAUAGGCCUGGACCCUUCAAGUGGACAGCUUGUGCCAGGAGGGGUGGCAGAAGAAGCCAAACAAGCUCUUACCAACAUAGGUGAAAUUCUCAAAGCUGCAGGCUGUGACUUCAGUAACGUGGUAAAAACAACUGUUUUGCUGGCUGACAUAAAUGACUUCAAUACUGUCAACGAAAUCUACAAACAGUAUUUCAAGAGUAGUUUCCCUGCUAGAGCUGCUUACCAGGUUGCUGCUUUGCCCAAAGGAGGCCGUGUGGAGAUUGAAGCAGUAGCCGUCCUGGGACCUCUCACAACAGCAUCUCUCUAAGUGGGCCCAAGGUUAUUUAGUCUGGAACUUUAAUAAUGUUUAAUUAACACCUUAAUUUUUACAAGUGAUGCUGGAAAGUGUAAGAUUGACUAAAAUAUCUGAAGUUAUUAUGGAAAUACCAUAUAAUAAGGGGAAUUGAACAUGAAUUAAAGAUUAGAUGAUGAAUCCACUUACUGAUGUUAUAAAUUACACUUAUGCACACUGAUAUUACUGGAAGUGGGGAAAGAAACGUAUAACAUAGUAACUCACAUAAAUAAAAGUAAAGUGAAAUAACGUGUAGGAAAGUUGAGUUACUAUUCCUGAGAAAUAAUAAAGAACACACAAUUCAAUUAAAUCCUGUUAAUUUAAUGAUGUGAAAUAUUCAGUUCUCAUGUCAGAUAAAUGAUUCUGCUUUUACUUGGGUAAAAUUGAAGUAUUCAAAUUUGAAUGGUAGAGGUAAAGGAGAAGAAAAUGGACCAAAAUUUUAUAUAGAUAAUAUUUUUCUAAUGGAAAUAAAAUAAGAUGUGCAGAUUUGCCUUGGUGUGAUUCUGUUCACUUAUUUUUAACAGUUUAAUUUAUAUGUUACCUAAUUAAAUGGGGGGUGGAUCAUGAAGUUAAAACUCCAACUGUUUUUUCCU